UCUUCUCUUGUACCAUUUUCUAUCUCUUUCUCUCCGUUUUACAGAGAAAGAAAAGAAUUUCCAUUACUCAUUUAGUUUCUUCGUUGUUCUUCAGAUCUUUGUAGCAAUGGCGUUAGUUGUGGAGAAAACCUCAACAGGUCGUGAAUACAAAGUUAAAGACAUGUCCCAGGCCGAUUUCGGCAGACUCGAAAUCGAAUUAGCCGAAGUUGAAAUGCCUGGAUUGAUGUCUUGCAGAACUGAAUUCGGACCAUCACAACCAUUCAAAGGAGCAAGAAUUACCGGUUCACUCCACAUGACAAUUCAAACUGCCGUUCUGAUUGAGACUUUGACCGCACUUGGUGCUGAAGUUCGUUGGUGUUCAUGUAACAUUUUCUCAACACAAGAUCACGCUGCUGCUGUUAUUGCUCGUGAUUCAGCUGCUGUUUUCGCAUGGAAAGGAGAGACUUUGCAAGAAUACUGGUGGUGUACUGAGAGAUCUCUUGAUUGGGGUCCUGAUGGAGGUCCUGAUUUGAUUGUUGAUGAUGGUGGUGAUGUUACAUUGUUGAUUCAUGAAGGUGUUAAAGCUGAAGAAGAGUAUGAGAAAACUGGGAAAUUCCCAGAUCCUACUUCUACUGAUAACCCUGAGUUUCAGAUUGUGCUUACCAUUAUUAAGGAUGGAUUGAAGGAGAACCCUAAGAAGUAUACCCAGAUGAAGAAUAGAAUUGUUGGUGUUUCUGAGGAGACUACUACUGGUGUUAAGAGAUUGUACCAAAUGGAGCAAACCGGAACUUUGUUGUUCCCUGCCAUCAAUGUGAAUGACUCUGUUACCAAGAGCAAGUUUGACAACCUCUACGGAUGCCGUCACUCACUUCCCGAUGGUUUGAUGAGGGCUACUGAUGUUAUGAUUGCUGGAAAGGUUGCUGUUGUUUGUGGUUACGGAGAUGUCGGAAAGGGUUGUGCCUCAGCUCUUAAACAAGCCGGAGCUCGUGUAAUUGUGACUGAAAUUGAUCCAAUCUGUGCACUUCAAGCUUUGAUGGAAGGUCUUCAAGUCUUGACCUUGGAAGAUGCUAUCUCAGAAGCUGACAUUUUCGUUACCACCACAGGUAACAAAGAUAUCAUUAUGGUUUCAGACAUGAAAAAGAUGAAGAACAAUGCUAUUGUGUGCAACAUUGGUCAUUUCGAUAAUGAAAUCGACAUGAAUGGAUUAGAAACAUACCCAGGUGUUAAGAGAAUCACCAUCAAACCACAAACAGAUAGGUGGGUGUUCCCUGAAACUAAGACUGGUAUCAUUGUGCUAGCUGAGGGUAGAUUGAUGAACUUGGGUUGUGCAACUGGUCAUCCUAGUUUCGUCAUGUCUUGUUCAUUCACCAAUCAAGUUAUUGCACAGCUUGAAUUGUGGAAUGAGAAGACCUCUGGUAAAUAUGAGAAGAAAGUCUAUGUUUUGCCAAAACAUCUUGAUGAGAAGGUUGCAUUGCUUCAUCUCGGAAAGCUUGGUGCUAACCUUACCAGGCUUUCAAAAGACCAAGCUGACUACAUUAGUGUCCCUGUUGAUGGUCCAUACAAGCCUGCUCACUACAGGUACUGAGCAGAGAAAGAAAGUGAUGUUGGAUGAGAAAAUUGAACUCCCGAAGCGGAUGUUAGAUUUUUUUCUUUUUUCUUGUGUUGUUUAGUGGAUGUUGGGGUAUGGGGUUGGUGGGCGAUUUGAAUAAGGGGUUGGAUUAGGUUUGUGUUGCGUUUGCUAUUGGGAAAAAAUAUUAUGAAUUUGUUUUGUAAUUGGUGAUGCAAAUUUUGAUAUUCAAAACUGUUGGGAGUUUGGAUAUGUUUGCAUCUGUUCUAAUUUCUUCCACUAUCAUCAUCAAUUUUUAUUAAUUAUAUAAAUGAAAAAAAGAACUUCCUUUCUUAAUAAUUUA